GAAAGCCGAUUCAUUGGUGGUUUGAAAGGAAAUUCAGAAGACGCCGGGAGUCGGUAUUGCUAGCAAGCAUGGAGUCUUCUGAUUAUGGGUACUCAGGCAGUUAUGACCGUGGUGGGGGUCGUGGCAGGAACCGAGGCUCUUCAAGUUUUUAUGGUGGUUCUACAAGUGAUGGUGGGUCGCGUCGGGGUAGACAUCCCCCUCACUUGAAAGGCAGAGAAAUUGGGCUCUGGUAUGCCAGACAGCAGGGCCAGAAGAGCAAAGAAAAUGAGAGGAAAGAGAGAGCUGUUGUACGCAUGGAUGAAUCUAGAGAACAGCAUAUUAAACAACUUUUGAGCUCAGUCCAGACCAGAGAAACUGAUGCAGAACAAUGUAGAUCUGUACCAAGAAUAUCCAGAGAACAGCCUAGACAAAAUGAGGUCACCAGUUUCAGACAGAGGAGUAUGAAGACUAGGUUCGAUAAGAAUUCAGAAUAUUUGCUACACAAGCCUUCUCGAGAUCCCAUUUUAGAUGUGUGGUUGCAAGAAGACUUGGACCAGAAGAGAUUUGAUUCAAGAUAUGUAGAAAUGCAGAAAUUCAGAGAGAAGCUUCCAUCAUAUGCCAUGAGAAAGGAACUUUUGCACACAAUCCUUAAUAAUAAAGUGGUUGUGAUAAGCGGUGAGACUGGAUGUGGCAAGACAACACAAGUAACGCAGUUCAUUUUGGACGAUUACAUAGAAAGGGGAGUUGGCUCUAAUUGCAGAAUAGUGUGUACACAGCCGAGAAGGAUUAGUGCUAUUUCUGUUGCAGAAAGAGUAGCCGCAGAAAGAGCGGAGAGUUGUGGUGAUGGAAACAGCUGUGGAUACCAGAUUCGACUCGACUGCCGGUUACCAAAGAAACAAGGUUCCAUAUUAUAUUGUACCACAGGAAUUAUCCUACAAUGGCUUCAGUCAGAUCGGAAACUGUCCACUGUCAGUCACAUUAUUCUUGAUGAAGUCCAUGAAAGAAACCUACAGUCUGAUGUUUUGAUCACUAUUGUGAAGGAGCUUUCCAUCUGCCGCCCUGAACUGAAAAUUAUAUUGAUGAGUGCAACUUUAAAUGCUGAAAAAUUCUCUCGGUACUAUGGUAACUGUCCAAUGGUACACAUACCCGGUUUUACUUUUCCUGUUAGAGAGUACCUGUUAGAGGAUGUUCUUGAAAUGUUGAGGUAUUGUCCAAAACAGAGACAGACAAAACCCUCUUGGAAGAGGAGGUUUAUACAAGGAAAGCUGUGGCGAUCAGAAAAAGAAGAAAAGGAAAGGGAGUACUUAACUCAGUGGCCAGAUUAUCUUAGAACACUUUCAUCAAGAUAAAUUUAUUAUAAUUCCUUUGCAUUCAUUGAUGCCUACAGUGAAUCAAACCCAGGUAUUUCAAAGACCACCUCAUGGAGUUCGAAAGAUAGUUAUUGCCACAAAUAUAGCUGAGACCAGCAUCACUAUUGAUGAUGUGGUACAUGUUAUUGAUGGUGGAAAGAUAAAAGAGACUCAUUUCGAUACUCAAAAUAAUAUCAGCACAAUGACAGCAGAAUGGGUUAGCCGAGCAAAUGCCAAGCAGAGGAAAGGUCGAGCAGGCAGAGUUCAACCUGGAAACUGUUAUCAUCUUUAUAAUGCUUUAAGAGAGCAUUUUUUGGAUGACUAUCAACUUCCAGAGAUAAUGAGGACUCCGUUGGAAGAACUCUGCCUUCUUAUUAAGAUUUUACAGCUUGGUGACAUUGAGUCUUUUUUGGGAAAAACAUUGGAUCCACCUUCGAGGGAUGCUGUAAAGUUAGCAAUCAAAAAUCUGAUUGAACUGAAUGCACUUGAUGCAGAUGAAGAACUGACUCCUUUAGGAUUUCAUUUGGCUCGCUUGCCUGUGGAGCCACACAUCGGCAAAUUGAUCCUCUUUGGAGCUUUACUGGGUUGCUUAGAUCCUGUUCUUACCAUUGCAGCUAGUCUCAGCUUCAAAGACCCGUUUGUCAUCCCACUGGGAAAGGAGGAGCUGGCAGAUGCAAGGAGAAAACAGCUAUCAAGGAAUUCAAGAAGUGAUCACCUAACCAUAGUGUUUGCAAUGGAGGGCUGGGAGGAAGCAAAGAAAUGUGGUGCCAGAUCAGAGAGGGACUACUGCUGGAAGAAUUUCUUAUCUCCAAAUUGUCUGAAGAUGCUACAUGACAUGAAAAGACAAUUUGCUGAACAUCUCAUGGCAGCUGGAUUUGUAGCCAGCAGAAACCCAACAGACCCACAGUCAAAUGUCAAUUCAGAUAAUAUGAAGCUAAUUAAAGCUGUCAUCUGCGCUGGAUUGUAUCCAAAGGUUGCAAAGAUCAGAAUAAACCAUGGCAAGAAACGGAAAACAGUGAAGGUUUUCACCAAAUCAGAUGGAAGGGUUUGCAUCCAUCCAAAAUCAGUGAAUGUGGAUGAAUCUGACUUCACAUACAGUUGGCUGAUUUAUCAUCUGAAGAUGAAAACUAGUAGUAUCUUCUUAUAUGACUGCACAGAAGUUUCUCCGUAUUCCCUUCUGUUCUUUGGAGGUGUUAUUUCUAUCCAGAAAGAUCAGGAGCAGGACACCAUUUCUGUCGAUGAGUGGAUUGUGUUUCAGUCUCCAGAAAAGACAGCACAUCUAGUUAAGGAAUUAAAGAAGGAACUUGAUGAUCUUCUGAAAGAGAAGAUUGAAAAUCCACAGCCUGUUGAUUGGCGGGAUACCCAGUCAAGAGACUGUGCAGUACUAUCCGCUAUUGUGGACCUUAUAACAACACAAGAGAGUAUAGCUGGCAGAAAAUGUGAUACUUCAUUUCAACAGCCACUGAACAGCUGGCAUUAUUAAUACCAGAUGGACAUUUUGGACCUCCUCUUUGGAUAUGCUGUCAUUUUCCACUCAGAACUGAAGGCAACAGCUAUCUUUUCUAAUGCCUGUCUAGCAGUGCACUAAAAUGAUGUGAGAACGUUGUAUUUUGUGAUUGAUAUUUUGAUUUUGAGCUUUUUUACACUAAAGAACUGUAAAUGAGUAAAUAUGUUUUGAGAUGUUAAGAAUGUAUUGAUGAAGGGGUGUGCCAUACUAAUCUGAUUUGCUAGAUGCUGAAAUUCAAGUCUGCCCAUUUCAUCAGAAAGUAAGACCAUUUGGUCUGCCUGUUACAUUCUUAUACCACUCAUAAGCUUUUAUUUAUUUUUUGUACGCAUUAAGGACUUGUAUUGUUUAUGUCUGAAGCAUAAGAAAGUAUCUGUUUCUCUCUAAUGCAAGCUGAUCUUAGUAACACAUUGAAAUAGCACCUUUGCUUUGUUAAAAUUCAUGAUUUUUAAGAGCAGAAACUUCUUUUGCCUUACCUCUUAAUUUAAUUUUAUUUCAUUUGUCAUGUUAAAUAUUCCCUAACAAAAAAGUUGAAAAUGUGUGUGACAGGUUUUUACAUGGCACAUAGCCUUGCAGGAGGUAAUACACUAGCUGUGCAAGUCAGAUACUGACCCAUGGUAACUAAAUACUACCGGAGGACCCCAUCUUCCAACAUCAGCAAGGCACAUGGAAUAUUGUUUUGGAGAAGUUUGUCUUUACAUUUUGAAGCAUUUAAUGCUUCUAGACAAUUGGAUGUGGGACUUGCUUUUUAAAAACUUUAAUAGUUAUUUGGCUAGCGAUGUUCCUCCAAGUGGGCAACAGGUUACACACAAACUGAUAGCACUGAUAUUAGCACAGGGUCUAACUGUCUGAGGGUAUGCAGUGCUAGAAGUCUUCAUUCUUGUAAUCCUGAGAAUGAGUUCCUUAAUUUCUGUUUGUGUACUUUCCGAAUGAAUGCAAGUCAUUUAACCAGACAAUGCUCCAAGGUCUUCCCUGAAAAGAUGCAUUGAUUAACAAAAAUGUUAACAAAAAUCAUUACUUUUGUACAUUAACUUUGCAACAGUUUUCCUCCUUGAUUGCAUAUUCAUUUAGACAGCAUCUUUUGUAUAAACAUUGGGCUGAUACCUGUCUAGAACUUC